AUGCCUGCCGGCGCUCAAGACAGCGCAAAGCGCAAAAGGGCUUCCACAGGAGACAAGGCCAACAAAGUCGCCAAGCGGCGCCGCUCAUCAAACGAUGACGCCCAAGACCCCAACGCAAAGAUUCUCCUCAUGGAACAGGGCAUCCUGGAGUCCAAGAAGAACUACAACGACAUCGCCACUCUUCAAACCAUCGCCAGCCGCUACGAGGACGGAGAGGAAGAGUCAAUGCUUGCCGCAGUAGCCCUGUGUCGAAUUUUCCUGCGGCUACUGGUCCAGGGCUCCCUCAUCGCAAAGAAGGGCAUGUCAGAAAAGGACACCGUCGUCGUUGGCUGGCUAAAGGACCAGUUUGCUCAGUACAAGACGCUGCUGCAAGAGAUGUUGGCGGAUGAAGACCUUGCUGCGACGGCACUGACGCUCUGCAUGAGGCUUCUCAAGGCAGAAGGAGAGCAUCUCUACGAUAAGGAGGAAUACACCUUCCCGUAUGCCUUCCUUGAGAACAUUGUCCAAGUCCUCAUCAUGUCAGGCAGUGAUGAUGUGAGAAAGGCGUUUCUCGAGUCCUAUGUCGAACAGUACGAUGAUAUCCGAUACUACACUUUCCGAGCAGUAAAGGCCAUCCUGGACCGGUUGGACAAGGAUGAUAUUCCGGACAAUCUCUUCGACUCAGUGUUUGCUCUGCUAUCAGCUCUAGACGGCGUGCCCCAAUCCGCCGAGGAGCUUGAAGACUUUUACAUCCCGCGGCCCAAGAAGAAGUCCCACAACCUGAGGACAGUCACCCAGCACAAGCGACAAGGCCAGGACGCCUGGCUGGCCAUUCUGAGCAUUGUCCGGACCAAAGAGGAGCGCAAACGCAUUCUCAACGUCAUUUCCACAAACAUUGCUCCGUGGUUCACGAAGCCAGAGCUCUUGUCCGACUUCCUCACGAGCUGCUACAACACAGGCGGCUCCAUGUCCCUGUUGGCGCUGUCCGGCGUCUUCUAUCUCAUCCAGCAGCGGAAUCUCGACUACCCAUCAUUCUACCCCAAGCUCUACUCUCUCCUCGACAAGGACAUCCUGCACUCCAAGCACCGCUCGCGCUUCUUCCGCCUUCUGGACACCUUUCUCGGCUCAACGCAUCUUCCCGCCGCUCUCGUUGCCAGCUUUAUCAAGAGGCUUUCACGCCUCGCGCUCAACGCUCCGCCGAGCGCCAUCGCGACCGUCAUUCCCUGGAUCUACAACCUCCUGAGGCGCCACCCGACAUGCACCUUUAUGAUCCACAGGCCGGCUCAAGACCCGGAGCUGAAGAAGCACAUCCAGAACAAUGGCUUCGAAGAUGCGUUCAACCCCACAGAGCCGAAUCCUAUGAAGACUGGCGCAAUCGACAGCUGCUUGUGGGAGGUGGUCCAGCUGCAGUCGCACUACCACCCCAACAUUGCCACGAUUGCCAAGAUUAUCUCUGAGCAGUUUACCAAGCAGUCGUACAACAUGGAAGACUUUUUGGACCAUUCGUAUGCUAGUUUGCUGGACGCAGAGAUGGCCAAGGACAUCAAGAAGGCCCCGGUCGUGGAGUUUCAGAUCCCGAAGCGCAUCUUUUUGCCCCAGGAUGAACCCGCCACCAACCCAGACAGUCUCUUGGUGAAGCUGUGGGACUUUGGGGAACCGGCAAAGGGUGUUGCGGCUGCAUGA